AUGGUGACUGCUGGCUUAAGAAACGCCCGCAUAUAUGGACAACAAAUCUCCCGUUCUGUCUCAUCAAAGAGUUAUAGUCACCAGGAUUACUGCUGUAAUUUGGUGAGAAAAGCAGACUUCUACAACUACCUCUGCUGUCUGGCACUUCCACAACCUCAGCGACGUUUCGCUUUUGCAUUCCGGGCCUUCAACGUGGAGAUUGCCCUUAUUCGAGAUCGGGCUCCCACACCACAGACGACAAACCUGCGCUUCCAGUACUGGGAGGACUUUGUUCAGACCCUAAUCGACUCUCGAGGAGUGACAAGUGGCAUGUUACACCGCUCACCUAUUGAGGCGGAGCUCGACUGGGCAGUGAACCGGUUUGACGAUUGUCUCUCGCGACAUUGGCUACUCCGAUUGCUACAUGCUCGGCGUAACCGUCCCGGGGAUGUGGCCUUCCGCGACUGCUCGGAGUUGGAAGAGUACGCGGAGUCAACCAACGCUCCCAUCCACUACGGUCUCGCUGAGGCCUUCGGUCUUAAAUCCCUGGAGGUGGACCAUGCACUCUCGCAUCUGGCGAAGGCUCAAGGCAUCAUUACGCACCUUCGCAGCAUUGUGCCCCUCGUGCGUCAAUACCGCGCCCUCCUUCUACCCACUGACCUCCUCGUCCAGCAUGACCUCCCAGCCGAGAUAGCCCUCCGUCUCUGUCUCGACUCUUCCGAUGCCUCGGUCGAUCCACAGGCAGUAGAACGACUACGCGACAUUUGCCAGGUUUUGGCGACUCUCGCUCGCAACCACGCCGCGAGGGCGGUCGUUCUCCGCUCACGACCUAAAACGGAUCUGAAAACACGACAGAAAUCUCUGCUGCCGCUGUUACUUCUACCGUCGGUGCCGGUGUGUCGGCUGCUGCGCGCUCUCGCUGCAUGCAAUUUCGAUCCGCGACACCCAAGAUGGCUGCAGCCGAGGGAGGGUCUGAUGCCUCUGCGAGUAGCGUGGCAUGCGAUGCGUGGGACGUCUGCCACACCACCAAAGAUGCGCGAAAUCCUCUACCUUAUGAUCGGCCAAUGCGGUAACCAAAUCGGUGCCAAGUUUUGGGAGGUGAUCGCAGACGAGCAUGGCAUCGGUCCCGACGGCUUCUACCGAGGCGACUCGGACCUCCAAAUCGAGCGCAUCCACGUCUACUUUAUGGAGGCGGCUGGUGGUCGAAUGGUACCACGAACAGUACUGGCUGAUCUUGAACCGGGCACUCUGGACACGGUGCGUUCAGGGCCCUACGGGUGUCUCUUCCGACCGGACAACUUCGCCUUCGGAAACGCGGGCGCGGGUAAUAACUGGGCGAAGGGGCACUAUACAGAGGGCGCGGAGAUGAUUGAGAGCAUCAUGGAGAUUGUGCAUCGGGAGUGCGAGGCUUGCGACUGUCUGCAAGGUUUCCAGGUGGUGCAUUCUAUGGGUGGCGGAACUGGAGCUGGAAUGGGAACUUUGCUGAUCUCCAAGAUUAGGGAACACUAUCCUGACCGCAUCAUGUGCACGUUCUCCUGCUAUCCUUCGCCUAAGGUCUCCGAUGUGGUAGUAGAACCCUACAACACAAUUCUCUCACAAAAUCAACUCAUCGAGCUGGCCGAACAGACCUUUGUAAUUGACAACGAGGCCCUCUAUGACAUUUGUUCUCGCACUCUGAGGCUCAAAGAUCCCACCUAUAGAGAUUUGAAUCACCUUGUGAGCAUUACUAUGUCUGGCAUCACCACCUCACUCCGAUUCCCCGGUCAGCUGAAUGCGGAUCUUCGAAAACUCGGCAAUAAUCUCAUUCCCUUUCCCCGUGUCCACUUCUUUGUUACGGGAUUCGCACCUCUGCUUUCACGGUGUUCAAUGUCCUAUCGCUCGGACUCGGUGCACGAACUCACUUCUCAAGUGUUUCACCGUCACAACAUCAUGUCAGCUUGUAACCCCCUCAUGGGUCGCUAUCUCACUGUGGCAGCCAUGUUUAGAGGUCGCCUUUCCAUCAAGGAGGUCACAAGAGAGAUGCAGGCGGUAAAAUCGCGCAACUCUCCCUGUUUCGUCGAAUGGAUCCCCAAUAAUGUCAAGACAGCUGUGUGUGAUGUGCCUCCGAGGGGGCUUAAGAUGUCCGUCACUUUUAUUGGCAACACCACAGCGAUUCAGGAGAUUUUUUACCGUCUGGGUGAGAAGUUCUUGGUCAUGUUGAAGCGCAAGGCCUUCCUUCACUGGUAUACAGCGGAGGGCAUGGAUGAGUGCGACUUUACCGCGGCUAUUGCAAAUGUAUCGGAUGUGGUGGUGGAACCGUAUAACGCCACACUGUCAAGUCACUUUUUGACUGAAUAUUCGGACAUGAGUUUUGUGAUUGAUAAUGAGGCCUUGUACGACAUUUGUUACCGCGUACUGAAAGUGGAUAAGCCGACUUACGGUGACUUGAACCAUCUCGUCUCAGCUGCAAUGGCUGGAGUGACGACGUGUCUCCGAUUUCCCGGUCAACUGAAUGCAGAUUUACGCAAACUCUGCACCAAUUUGAUUCCAUUUCCUCUCCUCCAUUUUUUCAUUCCCGCCUUCGCUCCGCUAACCUCAAGAUUCGUCCACACCUAUUACAAUCACACCAUUCAUGACCUGACAACUCAAAUUUUUGACUCCAAGAACCUCAUGACCGCAUGCGAUCCCCGUCAUGGAAAGUACAUCACGGUAGCAAGCGUCUUUCGAGGUCGUUUAUCCAUCAAGGAGUUAGAGGAGGAGAUGCAACAAGUACAGAGUCGCAAUUCCGCCUUCUUUGUGGACUGGAUUCCAAACAAUGUCAAGACAGCUGUCUGUGAUGUGCCACCACGGGGCCUUAAAAUGGCUAUAUCCGAGGUAGUGGUAGAACCCUACAACUCAGUUCUGGGCCAGAGUCACUUGAUAGACCUGUCAGAUGAGUCCUUCACUUUGGACAACGAGGCCCUUUUUGACAUCUGUUUCCGCACCCUGAAGAUCCAACAUCCUACACUGGGCGAUCUCAACCAUCUGGUCUCAGCAACGAUGUCGGGUAUUACCACAUGUCUCCGUUUUCCCGGUCAACUCAACGCCGAUCUACGCAAAUUGGGCACAAAUCUCAUCCCCUUCCCACGACUUCACUUUUUUGUGCCAGGCUUUGCACCCCUUACCAGUCGGUAUGGUCAAGCCUACCACACCUACAACGUCCACGAUCUCACCUCACAAAUGUUUGAAGCGCGGAAUUUGAUGUCAGCAUGCGAUCCGCGUCAUGGGAAGUAUCUUACGGUGGCAGGCAUGUUUCGAGGUCGACUGUCAGUGAAGGAGGUGGAGGAGGUGAUCACCGAUGUACAGAACAAGAAUUCGGCCUACUUCGUGGAGUGGAUCCCAAACAACAUCAAGACGGCCAUUUGUGAUGUGCCACCCAAGGGCAUGUCCAUGUCCGCCACAUUUGUGGGCAAUACAACGGCAGUUCAGGAGACCUUCAAACGAGUAUGUGAUCAGUUUGCGGUAAUGCUGAAGAAGCGGGCCUUCAUCCAUUGGUACAUCACGGAGGGUAUGGACGAGGCGGAGUUUGAUGAGGCAUUCACGAAUGUCAAUGACUUGAUUGGAGAGUACCAGCAGUACGAGAGUGACUAG